GUCUUUCAUUUCAGGCGCCUGUUUAAACAUUCACAUUUCUCAGACAGCUCGAAAUAGGUUUAUCUUGUGGGAUUUUAUUCCUUUUCUGACUGGCGAGACUUUCUCCUCCUCACCCACACGAUUGCUGUAAUGUGCAGUAUAUAACAACAGAGCUUAUUCAGAUUUAGGGAAAAUGUGGAGCCUCUAAUUCCUUGUCAAGUCGAUGCGAUCCAUCAAGCCAGCAAUUUCGAUAAUUGCAUUCAUGUACAAUGAGAUUCAAACUGCGGCAGGUAAUUGAUUUGAGUUUUCCAGGCAAUUGCUUCACAAGCAAAACAAAGAAAAUUUAAUAAGCUAGCAAAUGAGCUAUUAAGCCAAAAUAUAAACUAAACCAGUGGUAUUUAGCAAAAUUGCUGGAAUGUGGCUCAUUUAAAAGCAGACUAAUCUAGACUGAGUCACUGUUGAAGUUUUUGUGGCAGCAAAAUGUCAUCCCAUUAUAUCCUAAAAUAGGAGCUAACGUUUCAAGAGCAAACUAUCACUGCUUUGUUCUUGUCUUUGCUGCUUUGUGCUUCCAGCUACUUUGAAAUCUACAAUGAGCGAGUUCGAGACCUCCUUCCUAGCACAGACAGAGACAGAAGGCUGUGAGCUGAGAGUAAGAGAACAUCCUAAAGAUGGAGCAUAUGUGGAGGCCCUCUCCAGACACCAUGUGCAGAGCUAUACUGAGGUUGGCCAGCUAUUGCACAAGGGCAACAGGAGGCGUGCCACUGCCAGCACAGGCAUGAACCAUGUCAGCAGCCGAUCCCACGCUAUCUUCACUAUUCGCUUCAUCAAGGCCAUGUCUGAUGCGGAGUUACCAAGUGAGACGGUGAGUAAGGUACACCUGGUUGACCUAGCAGGAAGUGAAAGAGCUGAUGCCACUCAGGCUACUGGCAUAAGGUUGAAGGAAGGUGCCAACAUCAAUAGAUCUCUGGUUACUUUGGGCAUCGUCAUUUCCACUUUAGCUGAUUUGUCCAUUGGUGGUGGAAUAAAAAGGAAACAAAACUUUGUUCCAUAUCGAGACUCUGCACUUACCUGGCUCCUAAAGGACAGUCUUGGUGGGAACGCCAAAACCAUCAUGAUAGCCACCAUCUCACCUGCUGACGUGAACUACAGCGAAACUCUGAACACUCUUCGUUAUGCCAGCCGUGCCAAGAACAUUUUAAACAAGCCCACUGUGAACGAGGAUAGCAAUGUAAAGAUUAUCAGAGAGCUGCGAGCUGAGAUUGCCCGUCUGAGAGCGCUGCUGUCUGCAGGAAAUCAGAUGGUGUCAUUUGAGCAGCAUUUAGGGUCGAGUGUGGAGGAGAGGCUUCAUCAGGAUGAAGCCAGAGUUCAGGAGCUGACAAAACAGUGGGCUAGUCGUUGGAAAGAAAUCCAUAAUAUUCUUAGGGUUG